GUAUCCGGUUCCGUCUUAACUCCGGUGCAGCAGCCAGUAGUGUCGUAAUGUUGUUUAGCCGCUGUGGUUCACAUGGAGCUUCUGUGGCUAACUGUUAGCAGUGAAUGAAAACGAGUGAGAAGGAGUACACGCUAAAGGGUCCGACUGUAAACACGGUUGCUGAGGAUGACGGUGCUGAACUUGUCCUUCGCUGCAUGUGGUUUCAUGGGGAUCUACCAGCUGGGUGCUGUGGGGGCCUUCCUCCGCCACGGGGACAAGCUGCUGGGCUCCCUCAGGGCCUGUGCGGGGGCCUCGGCCGGGGCCCUGGUGGCCGCCGUACUCAUCACGGCACCUCACAAGUUAGAGGACUGUAAGGAGUUCACGUACAGGUUCGCCGACAGCGUGAGACAACAGCGGUUCGGAGCCGUCACGCCGGGAUACGACUUCAUGCUCGAACUGCGGGAGGGGAUAGAGGAGAUUCUGCCCAGCGAGGCUCACAGCCUGGCCGCCGACCGCCUCCACGUCUCAAUCACACACUCCAGAAGUGGCAAGAACCACCUGGUAUCCAGGUUCAGCUCCAGGGAGGAGCUCAUAAAGGCUCUACUGGCCAGCAGCUUCGUGCCCGUCUAUGCUGGACUCAGACCGGUGGAGUUAAGAGGACAGAAAUGGAUUGACGGAGGGUUCACCGACAGCCUGCCGAUCCUGCCCGUGGGACGAACCAUCACCGUGUCUCCCUUUGCCGGACUGCAGGAUGUGUGUCCUGUCCACAGGGGACGCUUCAACACUCGACUCCGACUGGCCAACAUGGACGUAAUGUUUCCUUUUUAUUCCCUCAGUUCUCCGUGGAGAACAUCAAACGUCUGAACCGGGCUCUGUUCCCUCCAUCCAACAGCAGCAUGCAGUCUCUAUGUGAAGACGGCUUCAGUGAUGCCGUGAGCUUCCUGAAGAGAGAGGCCUGGAUGAGCUGAUGGAAAAGAACUGACUCUUAACAAUCAUGAAGCCAAAUAGCAUUUCUGUAUUUAUUCCCUGUGGGAUUUCAGUUGUUCUUCAAUA